AUGACGAACGAGGCUGAAACGUCAAAGACGAAAUUCAAAAGGAUAAGGGCGCAAUUAUCAUGCGAUCGAUGUAGAAAGAUUAAACGAAUGUGCGAUCGACAAAAUCCAUGUAAUCGUUGUUUAAAGGAUGACAUUGAAUGCGUUUAUGAUCGUGCUUUACAGAUACAGGCUGCAGCAGAAGAGAUCAAAAGAGGGAAACGGAAGGCUAGUGAUGAGAUCACGCCACCAGCAAAUCGAUCAAGACUGGCUAACAACGGAAUAAAUAAUGGCACAAGUCCAACGAAUCCUUCUAGAGUCUGUUCAUGUAGCGGAACAGAUGCGUAUAAUUCGUCUUGGGUAUGGAAAUUUCUCGAAGAACCCACAUUCCUACAUCAGGUAGUGGACCUGUAUGUGAAAGAGGCUGAUUGGAUCUUUGAGCUUUAUAAUGGGUCACGUCUAGAACGAUUGCUAAAGACAUGUACGGACCCUAUCAACGAAAAUGCUUUGAUAUGGAAGCAAACAAAGAUCUUUGCACUUGCCAUUUUAGCAAUCACUGCACAAAUGUGUCCUACCGAAACUGAAACAAUUCUUUUAUUUUGUGAAGGCCUUGAUGCGGGAGAAGACAAGCGAAAUUCCGGUCAUAUCGCCUUAGCAGCAUACAACGAAUGCGUUCGUUCCAUCGAUGAAAUUGGUGAUUCUACCCCGGUAGCAAGCAAUUGGUCACUCGAUCAUAAAAUGUGGAAUGCAGAAGUAUUUGCGGCUUCUUAUCUUUUGAGAAACGUUGAAAAGAAUAACGGACAAUACCGCAAACAAAGCGAAGGCGUCGUUUUGGAUUUGACAAGAAUGCAACAUGCGGGAAUGUUUCGUCAGGGCUGUAGACCAUGCCUGCUGGAACAACAUUGGGCUCCCGCAGGAUUCUCAUUAACAUCACAAGAUUGGCCAAAGCAACAUGAAGUCCUUUCACAUAACGUCUUUUGGGCCUACUAUGUUCUUGAUCGAUUAGCAAAUAUGCUGGGAGGAUCUGCAUAUUACAUUCAACCUGCACAUACGAACAUUUGUUUGAAUGAUGUUUUCGGUCAUACGCAUAUCAGAAAACUCAACGUGAUUCCCAACAGUGCAGAACAACAUGAAGUCUUGUGCAGUAUGGGUGUUUCAGUCACCCAACCAAUCAUGUCAGCAUAUUCGGGAGCGAAAUGCAGAUUUUCUGCUGUUUGUGGUCAUUUUAUCGACAGGCUGGCGGCCAUGUACACUUUGAAUUUCUCUUGGCCAUCCGACGCGGAACGAUUGGUGUCUGACUUGGAGCGGGAUAUGAAAAUCUUUGAUUCGUACAUCAUUCCAAUGCUAGACGAUCCUGCUGACAGAUUUGCAAAAGCAAAACAACUGACUCUUUCGCUUUGCAUAGAAAUGUUACGGACAAGCUUCUCUCUUCAAAUGACGACAGCUUUUGCUGCUACGCUUUACAAUCAAGCUGAUGUGGCUUCUAAACUUUCACCUGCUGCAAGAGAAGUGAUUGAUUGGCAAUUGCAUAGAAGACGGUUAGAAGCGGCAAAAACGUUGAUCUUACGUGUAAUUUCCUAUUCGCGUACUGUAUUAGGAAUCAAUGCGAAUUGGCCUUACUUUGCUUCUUCGAUACGGGAGCAAGCUCUUUCAACGAUGGAAAUUGUGGAGCAAUGGAUAGAGAAACCGAUUCUUGAUAAAGAUGUCGAGAGAUCUCGUCGGAUCGUUUUGCUUGAUUCUUUGCAAAGUGCUAUCAAAGGCAGGAAUUUCCUUGUUCUAAUCGCACGUAAGAGUGAGCUUUCUCUAGUUCACAAAUUCAAUGAAGAGGUCAGUAACCGAUGUCUCGAUGCAAUUAAAAAGAUCUGCAAUGACCAGAACGCUCUGACGGAUGGACUUGCUAACAGCUUAGCCGACAGCAACGCAAUUGUUGACGAUCACAAACUUAUGAAAGCCAUUCGCAAGGGUGUUGAGAAGCAUGCUGAAGUGGUCUCAUCAGUAGUACCCCACUCCAACCCUGGCUUAUCGGAUGGAUCGGAUAAUUCUUCAACAAAUACGAGCAAUACAACUCCAACAGGUGAUUCAUCUAGUGUUGAAGGAGCAAUUAUCGAACCUUCUUUCUCAUGGGACAACAUCUUUGCAGAUCUUUCUACGAUGGAACAUCUAUUCAACGAUUAUGGCAUUCAAAUAUUCCAACAACAAGAAGACGGCAACACUGUAAUAUUAUGA